CGCCCCUUGACGAGGGUGAGAGGUCAGCGGCUGGCAAGUCUGCUGGGUCGACAAUGGCGGGGUUGUGGGUCAGGACCAUGGCGCUGUUGGCGGCUAGGCGGCAUUGGCGGCGGUCCUCGCAGCAACUGCUGUGGACGCUGAAGUGUGCUCCAGUCUAUUCACAGCAAUGCCUAGUGCUGACCCGAAGCCUCACUUCUGUGGCAUAUGAGCCUAAAGAAAAAACUUUCGAUAAAAUUCUCAUUGCUAACAGAGGAGAAAUUGCCUGUAGGGUUAUUAAAACUUGUAAGAAGAUGGGUAUCAAGACAGUUGCCAUUCACAGUGAUGUUGAUGCCAGUUCUGUUCAUGUGAAAAUGGCGGAUGAGGCUGUCUGUGUUGGCCCAGCUCCCACCAGUAAAAGCUACCUCAACAUGGAUGCCAUCAUGGAAGCCAUUAAGAAAACCAGGGCCCAAGCUGUACACCCAGGUUAUGGAUUCCUGUCAGAAAACAAAGAGUUUGCAAAGUGUUUGGCAGCAGAAGAUGUCACUUUCAUUGGACCUGAUACUCAUGCUAUUCAAGCCAUGGGUGACAAGAUAGAAAGCAAACUAUUAGCCAAGAGAGCAAAGGUCAACACAAUCCCUGGCUUUGAUGGGGUAGUAAAGGAUGCAGAUGAAGCUGUCAGAAUUGCAAGGGAAAUCGGCUACCCUGUGAUGAUCAAGGCCUCAGCAGGCGGUGGUGGGAAAGGCAUGCGCAUCGCUUGGGAUGACGAAGAGACCAGGGAUGGCUUUCGGUUUUCAUCCCAGGAAGCUGCUUCUAGUUUUGGUGAUGAUAGACUUCUAAUAGAAAAAUUUAUCGAUAACCCUCGUCAUAUAGAAAUCCAGAUUUUAGGUGAUAAACAUGGAAAUGCUCUGUGGCUCAAUGAGAGGGAGUGCUCCAUCCAGAGAAGAAACCAGAAGGUGGUAGAGGAGGCACCAAGCAUUUUUCUGGAUCCUGAGACUCGCCGAGCAAUGGGAGAGCAGGCUGUGGCUUUGGCUAAAGCUGUGAAGUAUUCUUCUGCUGGAACUGUGGAAUUUCUUGUGGACUCUCAGAAGAAUUUUUACUUCUUGGAGAUGAAUACAAGACUCCAGGUUGAACAUCCUGUCACAGAGUGCAUUACUGGCCUGGACUUAGUCCAAGAAAUGAUCCUUGUUGCUAAGGGUUACCCACUCAGGCACAAGCAAGAGGAUAUUUCCAUCAGUGGCUGGGCAGUUGAAUGUCGGGUUUAUGCGGAGGACCCCUACAAGUCUUUUGGUUUACCGUCUAUUGGGAGACUGUCUCAGUACCAAGAGCCGAUACAUCUACCUGGUGUCCGAGUUGACAGUGGCAUCCAACCAGGAAGUGACAUCAGCAUCUAUUAUGACCCUAUGAUCUCAAAACUAGUCACAUAUGGGUCUGACAGAGCAGAAGCCCUGAAGAGGAUGGAAGAUGCACUGGACAAUUAUGUGAUUCGGGGUGUUACACACAACAUCCCAUUGCUUCGGGAGGUGAUAAUCAACACACGUUUUGUGAAAGGGAACAUCAGCACCAAGUUUCUCUCUGAUGUGUAUCCUGAUGGCUUCAAAGGGCACAUGUUAACACCGAGUGAGAGAGACCAGUUAUUGGCCAUCGCAUCAUCCAUGUUUGUGGCAUCCCAGCUACGAGCACAGCGCUUUCAAGAACAUUCAAGAGUACCAGUUAUUAGGCCAGAUGUAGCUAAGUGGGAACUCUCGAUAAAGUUACAUGACGAAGAUCAUGCUGUUGUGGCAUCCAACAACGGGCCAACAUUUACUGUGGAAGUUGAUGGCUCAAAACUAAAUGUGACCAGUACGUGGAACCUGGCGUCACCCUUAUUGUCUGUCAACGUUGAUGGCACUCAGAGGACUGUGCAGUGUCUUUCUCGGGAAGCAGGUGGAAGCAUGAGCAUCCAGUUUCUUGGCACAGUGUACAAAGUGCACAUUUUAACCAAACUUGCUGCAGAACUGAACAAAUUCAUGCUUGAAAAAGUACCCAAGGACACCAGCAGCACUCUGUGCUCCCCCAUGCCUGGAGUGGUGGUGGCCGUUUCUGUCAAGCCUGGAGACAUGGUAGCAGAGGGUCAGGAAAUUUGUGUGAUUGAAGCUAUGAAAAUGCAGAACAGUAUGACAGCUGCAAAAAUGGGCAAGGUGAAAUUGGUGCACUGCAAAGCUGGAGACACAGUUGGUGAAGGAGACCUGCUUGUGGAGCUGGAAUGAAGGAUUUCUAGCCUUUCAGUCAGCACUGCUCACUGCUUUAAUUAGCAUUUCCAUUACUCUCUAACCCUCAAUUUGCUCAAGCAUUUACAGGAGCACUCCUGUGCAGCAGGUUCUACAGCAUCAUAUUUAUUCCUCAGAAGAGGCAAAACCAACAUUCUGCCAAAAAAAAAAAAUCACCAAUGGAAAUUUUUAUUGAUAUAAAUACUUGUACAUAUGAUUUGUACUUUUGCUGCGAUUCCCUAGUGUCAAAAUUAAAUCAAUAAAACCAAGCAUUUGUCUAAA